CCGGGAGCCAAUAGAGGGCGGGCUCGGCGCUGAUGGACGGGGCUAGCGGCCAGUGGCGAGGCGCUGGCCGCACUUCCCGUCGGGGAGAGAGUGUAAUAUGGCGAAGACCUACGAUUACCUGUUCAAGCUGCUGCUGAUUGGGGACUCGGGGGUUGGGAAGACCUGUGUCCUGUUCCGCUUCUCCGAGGACGCCUUCAACUCAACUUUCAUCUCCACCAUAGGAAUUGACUUUAAAAUUAGGACCAUAGAACUCGAUGGCAAGAGAAUUAAGCUACAGAUAUGGGACACAGCUGGUCAGGAACGGUUUCGGACGAUCACAACAGCCUACUACAGGGGCGCAAUGGGCAUCAUGCUGGUCUAUGACAUCACCAACGAGAAAUCCUUUGACAACAUCCGGAACUGGAUUCGGAACAUUGAGGAGCAUGCUUCUGCAGAUGUCGAAAAGAUGAUACUCGGGAACAAGUGUGAUGUGAACGACAAGAGACAAGUUUCCAAGGAACGGGGAGAAAAGCUGGCCCUGGACUACGGAAUCAAGUUCAUGGAGACCAGUGCGAAGGCCAACAUCAAUGUGGAGAAUGCGUUUUUCACUCUCGCCAGAGACAUCAAAGCAAAAAUGGACAAAAAAUUGGAAGGCAACAGUCCCCAAGGGAGCAACCAGGGAGUCAAAAUCACACCAGACCAGCAGAAGAGGAGCAGCUUUUUCCGAUGUGUUCUUCUGUGAGGAGCACUGCCUUACUCUGAGCCUCGCUCAGCCGAGCUGACUGUGCCUGUCCUGAGUGAGGCCCUCACUCAGCCGGGGCCCUCCCCCUCCAACACUCCCUGCCGUGCCGCGGCCCCUGGGCCCGUGGCCACCAGACACAAUUGAGAAAUUGUUUAUUUUAGUAACUGUCUGAUCUUUUUCAACUUUGGAGACAGAAUAAGUUAAGAAUUUGCUAUUUUUCCCUCGAUGUCUGCUGAACGGGCCCUCUCGUCGCGUAAUCAGAGAGGAAGACGGAGUUGAGGUACGACUGUGAGCGUCAGCCACCACGGCGGGCCUCCACCUCCAGGCCUUUGAUCCUCAUCUCACGGCAGCACAACUAAAGCCCCCCCGGAAAGCCGGUUCCCAGCCCCACCACAGAAGCCAGGCCCCCAGAGGCCAGCGAGGGUUCCGGGAGUUCCAGGCCCCACACCCUGAGCGAGGCGACGCAUGCCGGGCCCACGAAGCGUCCACCUAGCACAUCGGACGCCUACUUUCUCCUCUUCUGUCAGUUUUGGACAAGUGACGAAAACCAUUCCCUUUCUUCCCCCCCCCACCUUCUUCGCAACUGUCAAACCAAACCAAAGGGAAGCACAAAUUACGGAAAUCCUGAGGAAAGAAGCAUGGGGCGGCCCUUCCUGUUCACAGCCAGGUGCUGGUCUGUAGUCCAGCGAGGCCUCGGGCGUGGUCACUGGGCCUCUUGGCAUUCCCUGCUGAGCACCGAGGGGACACCACAUGGGCCACAGGUGACCCCGAACGCGCAACCACACAUGGUCCACCUGUGCUUGGGGCAUCUGCCUCUUGCCCCCCACCCCAGCGCCCCCCCACGCCUCUUCCCUCCCUUUGUCUCCAAAUCGGACAUCCUUUCUAGCUGAGAUUUUUAUUUUUCCAGAUCUGUAGUGUCAUGAAGUGAUUCCGACUUUGAUUUCCAGUGGCAGACCCUGGCCGGGCGGGCUGGGAGCGUGAAGCCGCGCUUGGCCUGGGCCGGGGCGCAGGUGCCAGACUGAGUGCAGAGCAGUUGAGUUGGUUUUAACUGCCGUCACCUGGUUCUGUUGUGACAGCUCUGCCCUCCUGUGGAGACUGUACAACUGGGACCAGGUAACCAGGUCGGAGGGGCGUCACCCGGGAGCCUUUCUUUCUCUUUCUGCCCCCACAUCUUCGCUACCCCCACCCCCAAGCUGCUGUCAGUCCAAGCCAUUGGCGUUGUAGUUUCUUUUGUGAAUUAAAACCAACAUACCAGCAAUAGUCUGCUCUCCCCUGAAAUCUCUUAACAUGCUCUGUUUACAAGGAUAAAUGCACUUACAGAAGACAAAUUAAAGCUCAUUUUAAAGUUAA